ACAGGGAAAGCGGCCUGCGUUUAUAAAUACUUUGGAGCUAACCACCACCCACCAUCUCAUUAACAAAGCUUCCAUCCAUCCAACCUUGAGAAGAGGUGAGAGCUCUCAGCUAGGAGAAGAGAAGAGCAGGCCGAAGGAGAAUCGAAGAAACAGAGACAAGGUAACUCCUGGCUGUUGCCUCAGGAGUCAGUAACCAUGGCCACAGUGGGGCCGCCUGGCGCCAUGUGGAGGGUCACCGUGCACUACGUCACCUCCGACAGCGAUGAAGCCAACUUUGAUGGCCUUCUCGAGUUUGGUAUUGAUGAUGUUCUUCAUGAUCAGGAGAGCCUGUACCAAUCUAUCAUGGGUGCGAAAACCACUGGUCCAUCUGAGAGCUCACACUACUGCCAUGGGGAGAGCAGCAGUGGCACUAUAGAGACCUCAGCAGUUUCAGAUGAACAGAUCGCCGCCGACUUCGAAUACGCUAUGCAGCUGCAGGAGAUGGAGGAUCUAACGAUCGAAACGCCUCCGAACGACGACGAACAGGACGACAUAAGCUGUGUUGAUUCCCCAUCAGACACUGAUGAUGAUGAUGAUCACCACAAUGAUCAUGAUGAAGAAGAGGCCGACAAUGAUGAUGACAACGAUGAUAUUGAUCCAGACAGCAUGACAUAUGAGCAAAUGCAGGAACUUGUGGAAUCAGUAGGAAAUGAGAGCAGAGGUUUAUCUGACGAACUCAUGUCAUUUCUGGUGCCAUGGAAGUACAAGGACAGGUCAGGGUUCUUCUCAAGGAAGACUAACAACCUUGAUGACUGUUCGAUAUGUCUGUCAGCUUUCAGAAACCGAGAGAGGCUCAUAACCUUGCCCUGCAAACAUAAUUAUCAUGCAGGUUGCGUUACUAAAUGGCUCAAGAUCGACAAGACCUGCCCAGUUUGCAAAUACGAAGUGUUCGGACCAUCCUAGAUCUCACCAUCAGAUGGCAUCUUCUACUCAUCCAGUAGAAAAACAAGAAAAGGAACUCAUCAGCAAGUGCUCGCAUUGGCAGGGAUUCUAGUUCGGAAUCACUUUUCUCCUCUUGUAAUUUGGCAUUGUAAUGAUUUCCGUAAGCUUAAUAGCAUAAGUCAAGCUGGUUUUCUUGGUUCUUCGUCA